AUGGGGGAAUUGACGGGGAGAUACAACGUCCCGGUCCUCUCAGCUGUUGUCCUCGUACACCAUCCGUACUACUUUGUCAGGAAUCGGCCCAGAUCAAUGCCACUGCUCGACUACUCAAAUGCAGUUUUGCUGGGUGUCAAUAAGUCAACCCUUGCCCGACUUCAACUCGUUAAAAACGCAGCUACUAGAUUCCUAACACGUACUGACAGGCGCCAGCAUAUAACACCAGUUCUCAAAUCCCUUCAUUGGUUGCCCAUCACUUUCAGGGUCCAAUUACCUGUUUUGUUGUUGUUCAGGUAUGACUCCACGUCUAGCUACCAGCAUGUGUCCAGUGAGCGACUGGGCUGGUCGGAGUUGUACCAGGAGCAGUAUGUGUUUAUUUACAGGACUGAAACGGUGACGGUUACAGACCUCUAUCAGUACCCAGAUGAUCUAAAAGGAGAUGAAGAUGCUUUCUCCAGGGAGCCUUUUGUUGUUCGCUUCAAGGCCCCAAGGACAGUUAUAAAAGAAUUUGUCCUCAUCCCUCAACACACCACCCCAACCAACACCACCAAAGAGCUGGAUGCUCUGUACGACGUUCUGCAGCGUGUGAAGAAGAUGUGGAGAACCGAGAACGUGAUGCUUCUGGGGGACUUCAACGCGGAUUGUGGCUACCUCGCCAAGAAGAACCGGAAGAACGUGCGACUGAUCACGGAUAAGAACCUCUACUGGCUGAUUGCAGAGGACAGCAACACCACCGUCCAACUUUCCACUUCCUGCUCCUGCGACAGGUAUGACCUGCUCACAACCCUGUCCACUCGACCUAACUGUAAACACUGA